AUGAGGCUUAGAUGCCUUUUUAGGCUGAGAUAUGCUCCGAGUGGUAUUGGUUGGAAGGGGGUGGUUAACUGUGGGAUGCAUAAUCAUACACUAGAUAAGGAUAUGUUAGGUCAUGACAUCUUGGGGCGUCUAAAAGAUGAUGAAAUAAAGUUUGUGAAUGACAUGACGAAGUACAAUAUGGCACCAAGGUAUCGGCUACCACUGCUUGAGAUUGUUGAUGUUACAUCAACAAAAUUGACGUUUUCAAUUGCUUUUGCAUAUUUGGAACACGAAAUGGAUGAGAACUUCACAUGGGCACUGCAGAGGCUCAAGGAGUUGUUGUAUUUUGAGAAGUUGCUACCAGAUGUCAUGGUGACAGACCGGGAACUUGCAUUAAUGAAUGCCAUUGAUUCUGUGUAUCCAAAUGCGUCUCAUUUGCUAUAUACGUUUCAUAUUUCAAAAAAUGUUAGCAGGAAAUGUAAAGACUAUGUCAAAUUAAAAAGACUAGAACAUGUCAUGGAUCAAUGGAACAACAUGAUGUAUUCAAAUACAGAAGACAAAUUUGAUAUACAUCUCAACCACUUCGAGAGUGUAUGUGGUGAUAUUCCAUCAUUUGUUAAGUAUGUGAAAGAAACAUGGUUAACACCGUAUAAAGAAAGUUUUGUUGUUGCAUGGACUAACAGAGUCACUCAUUUAGAGAACACAACAACAAACAGGGUGGAGUCUGCAGAUUGGAAACUGAAGAACAUGUUGACGAUAAGUCGUAGUGAUUUAUGUGCAAGUUGGAGAAAGAGUGAAAUUUGUUGGUCAAGCAAGAAGAGGUGUGGUUGUUACAUUAGAAUAACACAUGGAUUACAGUGUGCGUGUCAGCUUGCCGGCUACCAGAUUCUAGGCAUACCCAUACCUAUGAGGGCGUUGAAGAAAAAACUUUGUGAUAUUGCGUAUCCAUCCACACCUUCAACGUGUCCACCACCGGUCAAAUACAAGCCAAAGAGAAGAGUUAAGAAGAGUAGAAAGGGGGGAGAAAGUGAUGUGCAUCGUGAUCCAAGUCAGUGGAAAUAUGUUGAUGCUUCUCAAGGGAGUCAGACUACAAAGAAAUCAUGCACACAACCAAGUGGGAGUCAAUCGUCAACCAUGCUGAUUGGUAAGCAACCUUCUAUCAAUUCUGCAAAAUCCAAGUACUUGUCACAAUUUCUUGCCUUCUUUCAUCCAUACAUCGAUGAUAUUGUUAAUGUUGAACUGGAUGGAAAUUAUGGUUUCCAUUGUAUUUCAUCUGCAUUAGGAUGGGGAGAAGAUGCAUGUUAUGAUGUUUGA